AUGCGCCCACUGCUCUUAUUCACUGUCCUCUUCUGGCUCAGGGGAACCUUAGCAGAGGACGAUGAUGGAUGCAACCAGGUGGAGGUGCCCGCAGAAAGUGAGCAUGGAGGAUAGCCCCUGCAGGUGAACGUCAGUAGUCAAGGUCAGCCCACGAGCCUGGUCCUGAAUUGGGGGACUGGAGUCCCUGCCGGGCUGGGCUAUGUUCUCCGUCUUACCCAUCUAGGCCUCUCUGCCCCCCUGGAGAAGCUGCAGUUCCAGAGCCCCAAUGCCAGUGGCUUCCAGUUCCAGGACCUGGUCCCUGGGAGCCACUACCAACUUGAGGUGACAGUGCAGCUACCCUGCUCCCAGAAUUCCACCGUCACCCUCACAGCUCAGACGACACCUUCGCCUGUCCACAACCUGACGCUCAACAACUCUGGGAGCCCCUCCAGGCUAGAGGCCACCUGGGAGCCUGCUUCUGGAGAACUAGAUGGCUACCAGCUUCUCCUUUACCACUUGGAGUCCCGGACAUUGGCAUGGAACAUCUCGGUGACUCCGGGAACUCUCUCCUGCCAUUUUGACAGUCUCCUGCCAGGCAGCGAAUAUGCCUUAUGGGUCACGACCUGGGCUGGUGACCUUCAUGCCAAGACCAGCAUUCGGCAGUGGACAACUCCAAUACCCCCAGAACAUCUAGUGUUGUUUGCCAUGGGUACCAGUGCCCUUCAGGCCUCUUGGAGCAGGGCUGAGGGGGCAGCGUGGUUUCAUCUGACCCUUUUGGAUCUCUUGGGUGGUACUAUCCUCACAGCUGUGGCCCUGCGGGGAACCACCAACCACACUUUCUAUAACCUUUCCGCGGGCACGCCCUACCAGCUGUCACUCAAUGCUUCUGCCGGCCUCUUCCACAUUGGAGGACCCAGUGCCACUGAGUGGACCUAUCCCUCUGUCCCUUUUGACUUGAUGCUGACUCCUUGGCCCCCUGGGCUCUCGGCAAGCUGGCAGGCAGGGCCAGGGCACCGGGACGGCUACCUGUUACGACUGAGUGGGCAGGUUGAGGGGAACAGUACCUUGGGACCUGAGGCUCUCAACGCCACCUUCCCAGGCCCUCUUCCUGCUGGCCACUACACUUUGGAACUCACAGCCCUAGCUGGGCCCCAUGGUGCCUCAGCUCAGGCAGAUGCCUGGCUGGAGGCCUUUCCAGAUUCCAAGGCUAGGCCCCAGCCUGGGGUUCUCCAGCUAGCUGGACUGCAGGCAUCUAGGGAGCCAGGCCGCAGGGUACUGCUCUAUGUUGAGGGCUCCCCAGACGUCAUUGCCAACAUUUCUGUGCUGCCCAAUGCCACCCACAUCACUUUCCGAGGGCUGGUGCCAGGUGCCCAAUACCGAGUCGAUAUUAUCUUACCCUCAGGGGUCACCACUCAGAGCCUGGUGGGGCAUACCUGGCCCUGGGCUCCACAGUCACUGGAAGUCACAAGCAGGGGCAGCACCUCCAGCCUGGAUGUCCGAUGGGUGUCUCCAGAAGGAAGGCGGGAUGGCUACAGGGUUUCCUGGCAGGAAAAAGGGACCCAGAAGACCCUAGGCUUCCUCAGUGUUGGCAGCAAGCAAACUAAUCUGACUCUUGGAGGCCUCACCCCUGGCUCCUGCAUCAUCGUGUCAGCCUGGGCCUGGGCUGGGCACCUUAAUUCUACCACCCAGAAGGCACAUACUUGCACACUUCCUGCUGCCCCUGCCAACCUGAGCCUGGGAAGUGAAGGCAAACCUUCUACCCUGACUGCCCACUGGAGCCCACCUCCUGGGGCCUUGGAUGGUUACCGGUUAUGGCUGUAUCACCUAGCACCUCUGAGAUUGAAGGGAAAAGAAGCACUCUCUUCUGAUAUUCAGAGCUUCUCCUGGCCCCGGCUACCCCGAGGUGUGGAGUUCAUGGUACAGCUGGUGGCCCUGCGGGGUGUAGAUGAGAGUGACGCUAUAAAUGCCACAGCCUGGACAUAUCCUGAGGCACCAGCAAACUUGACUCUCUUCAACGUGGGCAGUCCCAAGGCCUCAGCCCUCCUGGCGUCCUGGAAAUCAAGUGGAGCCCAGAGCUUUGAGCUUACUUUGUACCAGCUGCCAUUGGGCAAUGCCACUCACCAUGUUAUCCUCAUGGGCAAUGUCACCAACUAUACCUUCUGGGGGUUGGAGCCAGGGACAGCUUACACUUUGAGGGCUGGUGGCAUUGGGGGACCUUAUCAGGCCUGGGCCCCCAACCUCACUUCAUGGACUCCCUGGCACCCCCCAGAGAUGGCAGCUGCCCCUCACUUGGAGUCUGAGGCAGGCGCUGGGGUGGUGAUUACACGAGACAUGUUUGGUGAGGAUAACGGACUGAUCCAAUGGUAUGGUGUUAUUGCCACCACCAAUGCCUCACUGGUACAGCCAUCCCAGGAUGCCAUCUCUCACACCUGGUACGACCAUUACUACAGAGGACUUGACUCUUACUUGGCUGUCUUGCUGCCCUCCCCCUUCCGCCCAGGCCCAUGGGCAAUGCCUCGCUCUUGGACAGUGCCUGUAGGCACUGAGGACUGUGGCCAAACCCAGCAGACCUGCAAUGGGAAACUCAAGCCAGAUGCCCAAUAUAGGUUCAGUGUUGCAGCCUUUACCAGCUCAGACCCAGUCAAUCCUACUGUCUCCUUUACAGCCUUCUCAGAGCCUCGGGCCAGUGUCUCAGGGGCAUCGAUGCCACUCCUGGUAGCAUCAGGCAUUGUAUCAGGUUGCCUCUUUACCCUGGGUGCCGUGCUAGGCCUGCUGUGCUGUAGACGUGUGCGGGUUAAAAGGGCAGAAAAGAAUUAUUUCUCCCAAGAGAUGACACCCUACACCCAAAUGAACAUCCAUCGGCCAAUUCUUAGGCAGAACUUCCAACAGAGCUAUAAGGCCAAGAAAGCCAAUUCCCAUCAUACUUUCUUCCGGGAGUUUGAGGAGCUAAAGGAAGUUGGCAAGGAGCUGCCCAAAGUGGAGGCAGAGAACCCUGCUAAUACUUUCAAGAAUCGCUACCCACAUGUGCUACCCUAUGAUCAUUCUCGAGUGAGGCUGACUUUUCUGGAUGGUGAGCCUCAUUCUGACUACAUCAAUGCCAACUUCAUCCCGGGCAAUACCCGACCACAAGAGUUCAUUGCCACUCAGGGCCCACUCAAGAAGACAAUGGAAGAUUUCUGGCGGCUGGUGUGGGAGCAGCAGGUCCACACAAUCGUCAUGUUGACCGUGGGCAUGGAGAAUGGGAGGGUCCUGUGUGAGCAUUACUGGCCAGUCGACUCCACUCCGGUCACUUUUGGUCAGAUCACCGUCCGCCUUCUGGCAGAGGAGAAGGGAGAAGACUGGACAUGCAGGGAACUCCGGGUGCACCAUGGCCCCCAGGAGCAGGAACGCAGGAUCCAGCAGCUGCAGUUUGUAGCCUGGCCAGACCAUGGUGUUCCCGAGGCCCCCAGUUCCUUGGUCAGCUUUGCAGAGCUGGUACAGGAGCGAAUUCAGGCUGCACCCAGCACGGCGCCCACCUUGGUGCAUUGCAGCGCCGGUGUGGGCCGAACUGGCACUUUUGUGGCCCUGGUUCGGCUCCUACAACAGCUACAAGAGGAGCAGAUGGUGGAUGUGUUCCACACGGUGUAUACCCUGCGGCAAAGCCGGCCCCUCAUGAUCCAGACCCCGGCCCAGUACAUUUUUCUGCACAGCUGUCUGCUGGAGAAGAUUAGGGAGGAGCCAGCUGGGUCUCUUAUCUCCCGGCCCAUCAGUGUGAAGAACUUCUCACAGAAGCAUGCCAAGAAGUCGGCCAACUCCAACGCCGGCUUCCUAAGGGAAUAUGAACUCCUCCUGGAAGCCAUCAAGGACCAGGGUAAAGCCCGACAUCCAGCGGGCAGUAACUUCUCCCUUCUCCUUCCCUAUGACCGUAGGAGAGUGGAGCAGAGCCCCGCUGACUCUCUUCGGGCCUGGUUCUUUCCAGGGGAAUCUUCCAUCCAAGACCAAGUAGCAUUGGCAGGUCCUGCAAAGGCAGAAGAGUUCUGGCAGUUGGUGUGGAAGCAUGGUGCCCAUGUUCUAGUCUCCUUGCACCCUCUGGAUACUCAGAAUGAGGAAUGGUGCCCGGCGUUGGAGCAGCCCGUCUGCACCAAGACGUUGACUGUCCGCUGUGUGGUACAGAGCGAUGUGGCAGGAUGGUUUUGUCUUCAUCUGAAUGUCAAACAUGAGAAGAAAGAAAAGGAACUCGGGGUGCAACUGCUGCAGUUCCCAUGCUGGGAAAGUGGGCAGGAGCCUCCAGCCCAGGUCCUGUUGUCCUUCCUGGCAGCUGUGGACCAGUGCUACCCACAGGUCAACAGAAAGAAGCCAAAAACAAUACUUGUUUACUCCAGCUCAGGAAGGGUCCAGUUGAGGAUUUUCUUGGCCAUGGAGAGGCUGCUGGUGCAGGCAAAGUUCUGGGGCUCAGUGGACAUCUUUGGUGUGGUCCUGCAGUUGGCAUGGGCCUGUGGCUCCAUGACGCCGACGCUGGAUCAGUACAUUUACCUCUAUGGCUGUGUGGGCAGUGCCCUGGCCAAUGAGCUAGCCUAAGGAAAGGGGUGCAGCUGCCCAGGAGCCAAAGAGUCUUGGAGCCCUUCUGCUUUGGAUUCAGAUUGGACUUGGCUUGGCCAGUGCGGAUGAGUCUCUGGGGCCUGGCCUGCUCCCCUACUGUGGGGGUGGUCUCCUUGUCCAGUCUUCAGGACUAUGAAAUUGUGGGC